AUGGCCGAAGCAAACAAGAUCCUCGAGCGUAAUAUCGCAGAUACGAAAAUCCGAUUCGACAAGCUGCAGAUGGACAAUGAGACCGCGAGAAGGGAACUGGCGUCGGCAAACUCGAAAAUCGGCAAUAUGAGCAUCACAAACGAAACUCUCGGCCAGAACGAGACUAUGAAAGGAGAAUUGGCAUUAGCGAGCCCUAAAAUCGGCAAUCGAAGUACAGCAACGGAAACUCUCGAGCGCGAAGCCAUCGAUGCAAAGACAAAACUUACUCGACUGCAAAUGGAGAAUGAGACCCUGAAAGGGGAAUUGAAAUUGGCAAACUCAACCACCGAUGACGCGAACAAAGCGAUCAAGAUUCUUAAGACCGAAGCUACUAAUCCAAGUGCAAGAUUCGACAAACUGCGAAUUGAAAACGAGGGUCUGAGGAAGAAUCUAGCCUCAGCCAACUCGAAAAUCGCCAGCUUAGAUCGCGACGCCACAGAUACAAAGAUCUAA